CAGUAAACUACCCUUACAGACCACUGGAAAUCCAUUAGGAGCUAGGCAUCUCUAAUGGGUUUUAAUGAUUUUUGUCAGCAGGGAUGGAGGCAGGAGUGUGUUGUGGUUCAGGUGAGGUAUUUAGGAAGAAAAGUCCAGCAGUUACUGCAGUGUGCUUCAGUCAGAGCUCAGCAUUUUACCGAACAAGCAACAUUUCCAGGAACAAAAAUAGAAAAAAAUAUGUAUAUAUAUGGUGAAAAUGUCAUUCAGAGCGGUUAUUUUUGUAUGCUAGUGUGCUAAUUAACCGGCACGCGACCUACAGAACUAGCCGCUGGGGUUUAGCCGGUUGUUGUAGCAUGCUACAUGCAGCAGAGUGGAAGUGAAACUCCGCCUUAAUUUCAACCAACCGGCUCACAAACACCGACCCGGUUUCAUCCUUCAGCUCAUUUCUCUACCCUAAUACAACCACAGCAGGUUGUUGAGGAAGGUGUUGGACUUUUCUCCUUGCUCCAGGAUUGAUUUUUUUAAGCAGAAACGAUGACAGGACGCCGGUUUUCUUGGCGGAGUAUUUGUAUCGGAAAUCCUCUGAACCUGAGACUUGUCAUGGCUAACACUUCCUUCCACCUUUCCACUCCUUUCCACCUGGAGAAGCAUUUCUGGAGUAUUUCCAGUCCUCACUAAUGAAUGAAGCAGAUUUGAAUGAACCACUGACAGGCUAUAAGAUUUCCUGUUUGUAUUAUUUACAACUCAUCAGGGGAUUAAUCCAACUUCUGGACAUCAGGAAAGCAAGUGGUAUCUUUCCAGGGUUCCACUCCUACCCUGUCAUGUCCAUUUGAAUACCUUCAUUUGAAUAGACAUUUGGCAGAAGGUUCGACAUGUCAUCUGAAGCUCCAUCAGAAGGAAGCCUGGUGUUGCUCAGAGGCCUGUCCAUGGACAGCUGGAUGGCGAGUCUGCCAAGCGGACUCUGGGACAUCCCUUUAUGGAAUUUGGCCAUUCCAGGAAGUCAUAAUGCUAUUACGUACUGUUUGGAUAAGAAUGACCGCUCUCCCAUUGACCUCAAGCAGCCCGAUAUGCUCCAGAAGCUAGACAAGUGCAUGAAGCCCCUCGUACGGCCGUUUGUUUACAAGUGGGCAGUUACGCAGGAGCGCAGCGUGCGGGAACAGUUGGACUGUGGUGUAAGAUACUGUGAUCUCAGGAUAGCACAUCUGCCCAACGACAGCUCCUCCGAUCUCUACUUCUAUCAUGGAGUUUACACCACUAUUACUGUAGAGACCGUACUGAAGGAAAUCAGGACGUGGCUGGACGCCCAUCCUAAAGAAAUAGUCAUUCUGUCCUGCAGUCAUUUCCAGGACCUGAGUCAAGAGCUCCACACACUCCUCAUCUCCACCAUAAAGAGUGUGUUCAACUCAAAGCUGUGUCCUAAAACGGAUGUGGUCACGCUGAGGAGUUUGUGGAGUUCGGGUUACCAGGUGAUCGUCUCGUAUGAACACAACUUGGCUAACUGCCACAAAGAGCUCUGGUCUCAUAUACCGUACUGGUGGGCUAACAAAUGUAAAGCAGAAGCGCUGAUCGAGGAGUUUGAACGCAGAAAACAACACGGCCGUCCAGGAAGCUUUUUUGUGACGGGUAUCAAUCUCACCGUGGACCUGAAGUACAUCUGUUCCCAUCCCACGGAGUCGCUCAAGGACAUGGUCAUGUCGACGUACCCGAUGCUGCUCAGCUGGGUUCGGGAGCAGAAACCCGGAUCCCGCGUCGACUCGCUCAACAUCAUCGCAGCCGAUUUCGUGACCGAGAGCGACUUCAUACCGACUGUCGUAGCACUGAAUGAAAAUCUACUGAGGAGAAACACAUGAGGAUGUGAUGAAGAUGAUGAUGAUGAUGAUGAUGAUGAUCAUGCAGCUCUUGGUUUCGCACAAUAUUUUGGCACAUAGCACACAGGAGUUUACGUUUAUUUAUUCUCUAAAACAGACCUAUAGAUGUUUGCUGGGACUUUUUUAAAGAUGAUUUUCAGUUACGGGUAGGAUCGUAAUGCUAUGCACUCGUUAUGACUUGAAUGUUUUUGUUAUUAAUGACUCGUAUGACUAAUGCGCUGUCUUUAUUCUAACGUUUUACCUCUUACCCUGGCAAUAACUUUUAGUGGAUUUUGAAAGCACACACUCAGAAAAGAAAGGGAAUAACCUGCAGCGUUGCUUGUUACUGAAGUGCGACCCUCAAGGCUCAGUACUGGGUACGUUUAUAAUGUAUCUUAUCACCACUACAGACAAAACUGGCCUUUUUUUACCUUGUUAAGUGAUUCACGAUUCAUCUGUACUUACAAGGCAAAUAGAUUUUUGUCUGUAACCAUCCACUAAAGUGCAGCGUCUUCAUAUUAUUUUGAUUACAUCACGGUACCUCGGCCUCCCCCAAAGUUGCUCAAGAAUCUCGUGAUCGUGAGCACAAGUGUUGGCCUCGACAUUCGAGUCGCCGCCUCCGUUACCGGCUCGCAUCCACCUACAGGCUCGAAUAAACAUGGCCGCACUCCAGGCACACAAUUUUGUUUUGCAUUAACAGGAUUGUCUCCAACUAUAAUUUCUCAAGUAGGACUGGGCAAUAUGACAAUAUAAUAUAAAUAUCGUGAUAAAUUCUGCCACAAUAUGCUUUUCUGAGAUAUCUUAGAUACCAAGAUAUUUUUUUUUAAAUCAUAAGCAGAUGAUUUGAUAGUUUUCUCCUGUUUAAAUCUUUGCACCUGUAAAAUAUAACUUCUCUUUUACAGAUUUUUUUUCUCUCUACUGUAUAUUAAGGGAUCAUCAAAUACAAUUUUUGAAGAUUUAUUUCUAAAUGCAACACUACUGUUUUGCUGGCAGGUAGGAAACCUAAAUACUGUAAUACACAUCUUAUAUUGUGGAAAUGUCUUGCCAUAUUGUGAUACGAUGUUUUUAUUUUUUAUCAUAUCGCCCGAUCCUAAUUCUCAAGGCCUGAGACUUUACAUAAGCCAAACAAAUCCCUGAUGUACAAAAACAAGGUUUUGUUAAAGAAAAAAUGUGUUCAGAUUUAUCUUUUCUCCUUGUCUUUAAAGCCCAUUCAAGGGCUUUUUCAACAAUAGUGGUCCUUAAGGUCGAGUUAGUACCUUAAGUAAGGAAUAAUACAUGACAGGCUAUGCUGUUAUAGGAAAAUAAUCAACGACACAAGUCCCUCAUACACAAGUCCCUGUGAAUGAGCUGUUACUAUAGAAACGAUAACGUAUUAGAAAUUCGGCUGUCACUACAGUCAGAGCUGCUGCUACAGAAAAUUAAUCAACAGAUUCUGACCAAUCAGAAUCGAGAAUUCGUGACAACCCAGUAACAAGCAAAGGUACAGGUACUACCUUUUUUUUUCUGAGACUGCAUGCUCAGCACAGACUUUUGUGUUUAUUUCUCGCCUGAAAUCAUAUCAGUGACCUACACAGGACUUUGUUUCUUUCAAAAACAGGAAAUAAGGUCAUUAUCUCAGGAGGCCUGCAGCUUUUAGAGUGUGAAAUGCAGAUGAAUGCGCAUGCAAAUGAGAGAAUUUUUAAAAAUUGUCCAUGUCGAAUGUGAAAUUGCCCUUUAUUGCAGGUCUGUAUGGAAAGAUAGGAAAAUACCAUUUCUCUGUUGCAGUCAGGAUGAUUAUACCACAUGGCCGGGCAUGCGAUUAACACUGAGCCACUAAUAAGCAACUUACUGCCUUUGUGGAAUUGAUGUCAACUUAUUAUCAAGGCCCAAGUUUACAGAGGAAAGCAUCGAAAUAUAAAGCACAAUCUGUUUCAUACACCACAUUCAACGGAGCACAGCAUGCCUGAAAAAAAUCAUUCAUAACGUGUAAUACAGCUCGGCGAAUUAUAAUACUGCUGCAUGAUGUCAUACCAUCCAAAGCAUGAAUGGUCUUUUAUGAAAAUGACACUUUUAGAAAAUGCUGGAAAACAACAAGCGUCUGAAUCACUUAUUGCUGUACACAUUGUUAUGACCUGAUGUUUAAGAAAAGUUUCAAAUAAAAUACGCCUGACUGACUGUGUGAAACACAUUGUAGUAAAGCUUAAUGUGCGUAAAUAUAACCACAGCUCUAUUGAGUUCUGAAUUCAGAAGGUGUUGAUUUAUUUUCUAUAACAGCAGCCCUGAAGGUAGUGCAGCUGCAAAUCGGUAUUCGCAGUUUUCUGUAAGGCGACGCUCUUGUAACAUUCGUGGAAGGAGUCUCCAGUGUCAGCGCUUUGUAACAGUCAGAGUCUGAAAAUGGCGCCAGGUUUAGAAAGCGACGGGGAUAACGAAGAGUGGAUGAAAACUUUACCUGAAGAACUCUGGGACAUUCCUUUAACCAACCUCACUAUACCAGGGAGUCAUGAUGCCAUGAGCUACUGUCUGGAUAUCACCUCUCCACUAGUCAGAUCCGAAUCUGAUUCCUUUAGACUCCUCGACAGAGUUUUCUACUGUUUCACCCGCCCCAUCAUUUACAAAUGGGCUACUACCCAGGCAUGUAUACACCUGAGUCAGCACAUACACACCUGAUUCAACAGGUUUACAGGUUUACACCUGAGUCAGCACAUACACACCUGAUUCAACAGGUUUACAGGUUUACACCUGAUUCAGCACAUACACACCUGAUUCAACAGGUUUACAGGUUUACACCUGAUUCAGCACUUACACACCUGAUACAACAGGUUUACACCUGAUUCAUCACAUACACACCUGAUUCAACAGGUUUACAGGUUUACACCUGAUUCAGCACUUACACACCUGAUACAACAGGUUUACACCUGAUUCAGCACUUACACACCUGAUUCAACAGGUUUACAGGUUUACACCUGAUUCAUCACAUACACACCUGAUUCAACAGGUUUACAGGUUUACACCUGAUUCAGCACUUACACACCUGAUACAACAGGUUUACAGGUUUACACCUGAUUCAGCACAUACACACCUGAUUCCACAGGUUUACAGGUUUACACCUGAGUCAGCACGUACACACCUGAUUCAACAGGUUUACAGGGUUACACCUAAUUCAGCACUUACACACCUGAUACAACAGGUUUACAGGUUUACACCUGAUUCAGCACAUACACACCUGAUUCAACAGGUUUACAGGUUUACACCUGAUUCAGCACAUACACACCAGAUUCAACAGGUUUAUACCUGAUUCAGCACUUACACACCUGAUACAACAGGUUUACAGGUUUACACCUGAUUCAGCACAUACACACCUGAUACAACAGGUUUAUAGGGUUACACCUGAUUCAGCACGUACACACCUGAUUCAACAGGUUUACAGGUUUACACCUGAUUCAGCACAUACACACCUGAUUCCACAGGUUUAUAGGGUUACACCUGAUUCAGCACAUACACACCUGAUUCAACAGGUUUACACCUGAUUCAGCACAUACACACCUGAUACAACAGGUUUACAGGUUUACACCUGAUUCAGCACAUGCACACCUGAUUCAACAGGUUUACACCUGAUUCAGCACAUGCACACCUGAUUCAACAGGUUUAUAGGGUUACACCUGAUUCAGCACGUACACACCUGAUACAACAGGUUUAUAGGGUUACACCUGAUUCAGCACGUACACACCUGAUACAACAGGUUUAUAGGGUUACACCUGAUUCAGCACGUACACACCUGAUUCAACAGGUUUAUAGGGUUACACCUGAUUCAGCACAUACACACCUGAUUCAACAGGUUUACACCUGAUUCAGCACAUACAAAAAAAUGUAGAGUCAGAAAAAUGUAAAGAGAAACCUGAAAUAAAGAAACUAACCAAAUUAUUUAAAGGGCAAUACUACUAAUCAUUUUUGUAGCUGUGUUUAUAUGAUCAUUACAGGUCUAGAAAGACUUGUAAACGUUACAAAU